AUGCGAUUUUCAAUUGCCUGCACCAUUGCGGUUUUGCUGCAGACGGCUUUCGCCGCCCCCCUGACGGCAGGCAACGGCCCCUCCGCUGGCACGGUCGAGGAUUCUACGAAUGCAGUUCCUCACUGCCAGAGCGGCGCGGACUAUGACCACCAUGGUAUUGCGAAGCGCGGGAAAGGUACUGGCAGAGGUUGCAGUAGGACGAUCAAGGGAUGGAUUGCCUCAGCAAAGUGUACAUGCAUCGAUGUACGAAAAGGAGUGACUAAGGGCGUUAACAACGUAAACGCCGCAGCGGCAAAGACCAAUGCUGAGCUGGUCAGACAAGUUAGGAACGGUGGCACCGAGUUGAAUGCCUUUGGGCAAAAGGUCACCGCCAAAGUGAAAUCGGUCCAUCCUUAG